AAGUUUAUUUCAGAUCUUAUCAUGUUAUAGAUGCCAGCCCUCUUCUUAUAGACACCAUUCGUAUAUAUAAUAAUGGAGGUUUUCUGGAUCCUCUUUCUUUUCUUUCUUAUCUUUCUUAUUCUCUUCUUUUCAUCUUCCUCGUUUAACUAUAUGAUGAAGUUUGCAUAUUUAACUACAGUGUACAUGAGCAUGGCCUUUAUUAUUAUUCUCAUCAGCUUGCCGCGUCCAAAACACCCAACAAAUGGUCUGAUAGCUGCGCAUAUUUUCUCUGUUUUUCACAAGACGCUCGGAGUUGAGUGGAUUCUUGAAGGUGAAGAGAACUUGAAACCUGAAGGAGGAGCAGUCAUUGUUCUCAAUCAUCAGUCUGGUAUUGAUGUUAUGCCUGUCAUGGAAAUCUGGAAAAAGUUGGGAAAGUUGUCUCUGGUUGCUAAAAAAUCUUUACUUUAUGCUGGACCGUUUGGAAUUGCCUGCUGGUUUCUUGGAAUCUUCUUCAUUGAGAGGAAGAGUAAAACAAGUCAUGCAGACGUGAAUAAUGCUGGUCAAUUGGCGAAGAAAACAAAAACAAAACUUCUUGUAUUCCCAGAAGGAACUAGAAAUGGGGAUAAAAACCUCUCAAUGCGUCCCUUCAAGAAAGGGGCUUUUCAUGUUGCCUUGGAUGCUGAAAUGCCAAUUAUCCCUGUAGUAGUUUCGGAGUAUAAUUUCUUGGACUGGAAAAAGAUGUUUUUUCGUCCAGGCCGAGCAAUUAUUCGAGUUUUACCACCAAUCCAAACAUCAGAUUACACCAAGGCUAAUAUUGAGGAGUUGAUCGAGAAAACUCGAACACAAAUGCUUGAAACUUUGGUUGAAAUCUCUGAAACAGAAAAGUCCAAAUAAUAUUAUCAAACUUUGUAUAUAAAGAAAUCUUUUCAACCACUGCUGAUUAUAUUUUUGGUUGAAUUUAUUGUUUUAUUCCAGUCUAUGAUUUCAGUAAUUGUUUUUAUCUAGUGAAAUUUUAGUUUAAUUUUAGUUGCACUGUUGUACAUAAAAAAAAUGGAAAAAUUUACAGUUCAGGUUUCCAUCUCACAAACUUUUUUCUUCAAAAUAGAGCUAUAAUGAUCAAAAUGUCAUACUCUUUCAAAAUGCAUUAUUAUACUGUAGAACUUUGGGAAAAUUAUGAUUAAAUGUCCAGCAGGUUUUUAAACAGGAAAUUAAGAUUAUGGGAGUUGGAUGAGGGGGGGGGGCUAGCAAUGGACUGCCCCUAUCUUGAAAAUCAAUAAAGGUUAUGCCCCCUCAAAAAAAUUCCUGCUAUAUCCACAUGUAAAGGAUGAAUUAAAGUAAAAAAAUUUUAAUUUCUUUUACCAGAUUUGUGGACAGUGCAACAUAAGCAACUUGUUUAUUAUAUUUAUCAUUUUCAGA